AUGGGCAAGUACUUGUGCAAGAAGCCGGCCUAUCACUUUCCCAUCGCAAAGAAAGGAAAAACACGCAUGCUCAUGAAGGGGAACCUCACCAAGGCAGCAUCCUCCAAGCGUGCGCAAGGCAAGGCUUGGAAACAAACGCCGUACAACCGCACAGGCAACAAGGCUCCUCGUGUAGAUCGUCUGAAGUGGAAACGUACUUUCCAGUACUUGUCCUCCUUGAAUGAGUACGAUGCCAUCCAGGUCCUGAAGGACGAUGGCCUCAUGCCAACAUGGGAGGGUGCGGUUUGUCCGUUCUGCUCGCAAGGCAAAGUCGGACCUCUGACAAAGAGGUCUGGGGGACUACCUCGUUAUCGGUGCAAGCGCUGGGGCUGUCAAAAGUUCAUCACGCCUCAGCACCUACACCCACUCUUUACAGCGACCCGCGGACCUGAAGGACAUUCCCUUGGCGUGCAGGCAGGGAUGCUGCUCUUGCGCCUUGCCAAUGUGCCUCUGAGCACUAUCCACGUGGUGACCCAGAUCAAUCACAAGGCUAUCGAACGGAUGGAGCAUAACCUCACACUUGUUCGCAAGAAGUUUGUGGAAGAGACCCAAAGGACCAUGAGCUUCGGGGGUAAAGGGAACAAGUGGCAAGAUGUCGAAGUUGACGAAUCCGUCUUCGACAAAAAGCUCAUUCCGAUUGAGGAGGCUGAUGAUCCCACCAAGGUCAUGGACUGGGAGCAAUGGGUAGGCAUGGUUCAGCGCGGCAAGCCCGAGUCGCUCGUCCUUUUGCGAUUGACUCCCCCGCCCACGAAGAAAAGGUCGCCAGGUCCAGGCCCCAUCCGCCGAGACGACUGGAAGAAGAUAUCCGAUCGCUGGCUGAAGGGUAAGCACGUGAUUCUCCAUUCCGACAGCGCUCGAGCUUACAAACUCAAAAUCCCAGGCGUUGUUCACGGAUCUGUCGUGCACAAGAAGCGCCGUGUCCAAGUGGGCAAGAAAUGGGUUUGGCAACAGCCAACCUACGUCAAGAUCAAGAAAGUGACCUUGCCCGGCGGCCGCAAAGUCACCGUGAAGAUCGGAACCCAGAUCGUCGAUCGCGGGUGGAGAUUCGUCAAGGAGCGCCUCCGCGUGAACCAACGCGCCAAAACUGGUUCCUUGCGGAUCAUUGCUCAAAUCCGUUCUGCCCAGUAUGAGUACUGGAACAGGGGCAAGGACAUGUGGCUGGAGACGGGCAGCCUCAUGCGGCGGUACAUGAGCAACAUCAUCGCCCAGAAGUGA